AUGGGGCUUUGCAUCUCAAAAUGGUCUGCAGAUCAUCAUAAAUAUAGGGUUAAUGACCAUGAUGAUUGCCAGGAAAUUGUGCUUUUCGACGAUGGGGACAACCCCAUUGAUGGAAUCUCAUCAAGCUCUGGCUCAUCUCUUUGUUCUCGUGAAGGCAGCAAGGGAGUGAAUCAAGAUGCGGCUGUGAUCUACAAAGUCUAUGGAGGAAAGGAAGAUGUCACCUUUUGUGGCGUGUUUGAUGGGCAUGGAACAAAUGGUCAUUUAGUGAGCAAAUUUGUCAGGAAUUACCUGAUGAAUUUUCUUCUAGAUCAGAAGAUCAUAGCCUUGAAGAACAAAAGAAGCUCGAAAAAGGCAUGUAUAAGCGCUUUCAAGGUGAUUGAUGAGAAGAUCAGACAUUUUGAGAACAUGGAUUGUUCUUUGAGUGGAACAACAGCAGUAAUUGUCCUAAGACAGGGCGACAAUCUUAUGAUUGCUAAUUUGGGUGACUCGAGAGCAGUCUUGGGGGUCAUGAAUUAUGAUGGAGAAAUCACGGCCGUUCAACUUACAACAGACCUAAAGCCUAGUGUUACAACCGAACGAAAGAGAAUAAAAAGAAGAAAUGGUCGGGUAUUGGCUUUGUUACACGAGCCACACAUCGAGCGGGUAUGGUUGCCCCAACAAAAUAUACCAGGUUUGGCCAUGACAAGAUCCUUUGGUGAUUUUCUUGUAAAGAAUCAUGGCAUUAUUUCCAUCCCUGAGGUUUCUUUCCAUCACUUGACCUCUAAGGAUCAAUUCCUUAUCAUUGCCACAGAUGGGGUGUGGGACGUGUUGAAUAACGAUGAAGUUGCGACGAUAGUAGCAUCAACCGAUACAAAAGUCACAGCAGCAGAGGCAUUAGUGAAUGCAGCGGUUUCAAAGUGGGGAGAAAAACACCCUUCCUCUAACAGGGAUGAUUGCACUGCUCUUAUCCUCUCAUUGCAUACAAACCUAGCAACCAAAACAAAUGUUUCAUCUUCAUAAC